UUGAUAUGUGGCCCUCGUCUCCUCUCCCCGCUUCUGAUGGCCGACGUUCUCUUUCCUUUCACUUUUUUCCUCGGCGCACACACUCUCUCUCUCCCUCUGGCCUCUCUGAUUCUCCCACAUUAUCCAUCCGAGGUCAUACUUUUAUUUAGGGCUAGCUCCCAUUCUUUACCUUCCUCUUCCGCCCACAAUCACUUGGAUUGUUCGACAGCCUCCCCUGGGCAAGCAUAUCUCGAUAUUUUGCAGUCGUCACCAAUACCUCAGUUGCUGAUGGCCACUGACAUCUUGCAUCUUGCUGAUCCUUGUGGCAUAUUUUGCUCUGUGACCAAUUCACCGCACAAAAAUGGAGCCUACCAUUCAAACCAGAAACUUGAGUUCAGAAGGCUUAGCACAUGCCACUCCUUUGGUGCAAGACUGAGAAUCUCCCAUGAAAAAGUAAUUCAAAGUUCUUCCUUCGGUCAAAAUAUCAAAGUAUCUUGUGGACCCUCAAGGGUUCAUGAGACGGAAGCCUGUGAACGUCGAGGUUGCAGUUCCCAAAAUAGAGAUGGGGAAGGAGAGCUCAUAGAGUCUUUAUUUGUUGAUGAUUCUGGACGGCGUCAUGACAGUUCAAGUAAUGUAAGCAAAGGCCUAGCAGAAGCUUGUAAAUUUGCCUGCAAUGAUGCUAAAUAUGUAAAUGAAAGAGCUCGUAAUGACAUAGUCUUACUCUCACGGGGAAUAACAAGGCUGAACAACCGUGCACGUCAAGAUGUUGCAAUUCUUGGUUUGGGCUUCCUGAAACUUGAUGCUCGAGCACGGGAGGAUACUGAGAAGAUUGAUCACGGUAUGAAAAUAAAAGCUGCUCGCCUGCAGCAUAUGGCUAAAACUUUUAAAGAUGAAGCCCAAACUAAAUUGAAAAAGGCUGCAGAUCGGCAUUGGAGUGAUGGUGCACUGGAGGCUGAUUUGCGGCGAGCUGAUUUUGUUGUUAAGAGACGUGCAAUGGAAGAUGCUUUUAUGGCACUGCAGUUUGUCAAGAACAUUCAUGACAUGAUGGUGAACAAAAUGUACCAGUUUCCAAGAAAAGAUGGAGUCUUUGAACAGGACAAGGAUGAUCUUAGGGGACAUAUCAUGCUUGAGAAGAACGGCAAGACUAUGGACUUCCUCUCUGGAGAAAUAUCUUCUGAUCGUAUAGCUGCUAUACAGGAAGCUUAUUUGAGCAUGGCAACUGCACUAUCUGAAGCCGAUGGAAUUGACUACACUGAUCCAGAGGAGCUAGAAUUGCUAGUGGCAACUCUAAUAGAUCUUGAUGCAAUGGAUGGGAAAAGUAGUGUUUCUUUAUUGGCCGAAUGCUCUAGUUCUCCUGAUGUUGGUACCAGGCAGGCUCUGGCGAAUGCCUUGGCAGCAGCACCGUCUAUGUGGACUCUUGGCAAUGCAGGCAUGGGGGCCUUGCAGAGGCUGGCACAAGAUAGCAACCCUGCUGUCGCAGCAGCUGCAACCAACGCCAUCAAUGAGCUUAAAAGACAGUGGGAAAUAAAAGAGGGCGACAGUUGGGUAUUUACCAUGAGUAAGGAUCUCACAGACAUGGAAAGCGUGGAAGAUGUUGAGUCUGGUGAGCAGCGAGAAGGUCAAUAAGAAACAUCUGAACAUGUCUUGGAAUUGAGAAGUAUACUGAUUGAGAAAAUAAUGGGUGUCUCCUUGAAGGCAAAAUUGAUUUCCUUCCCCGAAAUCUUUGGAGGGUAGCAGACCUGGGGCCAUCUUUUGCGCUACCAUAUGAAGGGAUCCGAGAAGGUGUAUUAUAUGGACGCUGAGUUCCUGGUAGGUCACUAUAGUACCCUGAAGCUAACUAGAAGAGGAAAAGACAAGCUAAUGUUGUACUCUGAUGAAGUUGAGCUGGAAAAUUGGUGUAGGAACCCAUCAAAUACUAGGGAAGUCUGAAAGAAUAAGAUUGGUGUCCUCCCUGAAAUAUAUUAUCCUAAAAGCUGGGGGAGAGCCUGGUAAAUUUAACACAGGAUCUUAUCAUGUACUUCGUUACUGCAAUUCUUGAAUACAAGGUUGAUUUGGAAGGUAUACAAAGAUCCUGUGGAAUGUUUAUUAUGUUUUGUCAGCACAAAUAUUGUUCUCUUUCCGAGUUACAGUAAGCACAUCGAUGGUUCUUUUUUGUC